GAAAGGGGGUGGGUGAAACGUAAACGUACGGUGCAUAUUAAAAUGCUAUAUUUAUGCAGUUAUAAAUGCAUACAAAUUUGCAGGUGUGCCUGCAUGGGUGUGAAGGAUUACAAGUAACAAAAUGAGUCGAUUGGCAAAGUGCUCAGUCUCUCCUGAGGGCUGCGGCUGCAAUACCUUUGAUUGACACAGCAUGCAGUGUGUGGGGUGGAGACGCAGGGUGGGGUCAGGGACAGGGAGAGGCGGAGGAGAGGAAAAAAAAGAGAAAAAAAUCCACCCGAACUGAGCAACAACAGCUAAGGGAGACGCAGACAGAGAAAAAGAGGCUUUUCAGCGCCUAAGCUAUGAUCUAGCUGGCCCCGGGAAGAAGGAGACUGUGGUGGGGGACACAGAGAAGCCAUCAGAAAGAGAGAGCGAGAAAAGACACCAAGUUGUCCGUGAAAUCGUCACCCACCCGGGAGCCCAGGCUAGCUCCCCCCUCCUCAUCAGCACCGUGUACGCCGAGAUGCACACCGAGACACAGAACAAGAAAAGCACAGCCAAUCCCAAGGAGUCUCUUCCCAGCAGCACGCUGACGCCUGAGGGAAUGCCAGCCAAACAAAUCAAGUCAGAGCCCACUGAACUAGGAGUUUCUUAUGAACGUGCAGCAGAGACUGCCCAGCCUGCAGGAGCAGCUGUAAAAAUGGAGUCCUCGGCAUCCACAUCCAGCUCACCGCGACCUCCACAACUAUGUGAAAUCAAGACAGAACCUCCUGAAGAACUGCUGUCCAGUGACCAAACGGAGCCCGUGGACCUGUCUUUGAACAAGUCUCGUUCUUCGCCACCCUCCAACUCAAUAUUGGUCACAAGCAAUCCUCCUCCUCUCAGCUUGAGUUCUACUGCUGCAUCUACAACAACUGCAAUCCCGGCAGUGCUGUCUCCUGGUUCCAUUCUGGCCUCUACACAAGGAGUGGGUGGACAACAGAUACUGCAUGUUAUCCACACCAUUCCCUCUGUUAACUUGCCUAGUAAAAUGGGUGGCCUACAGACCAUUCCUGUGGUUGUCCAGUCUCUACCUGUGGUCUACACUACCAUGCCAUCUGAUGGAGUAACGGCUGCCAUCACUGUGCCACUUAUUGGAAGUGACGGCAAAUCUGAGGGUUCAGUACGGAUCAAGCCAGGCUCUGCUUCUCCAGUAGAAAUUCACAGCGAUAGUGAUGUAGAAAGUGGCACAGAGACUGAUUCGGUGUCCUGUCAUCCAUUGCAUUCUGGAAUGGAUUCAAUGCCUGACAUGCUGCCUCCAGAGGUGGAAUCUCCAGAGAUGAAAAGGAGACGCGUUCACAGGUGUGACUAUGAUGGCUGCAACAAAGUAUACACAAAGAGCUCUCAUCUCAAGGCACACAGAAGGAUACAUACCGGAGAAAAGCCAUACCACUGCACUUGGGAAGGAUGUACAUGGAAGUUUGCCCGUUCCGACGAGUUGACAAGACACUUCCGCAAGCAUACAGGCAUAAAGCCUUUCCGUUGUUCAGAUUGUGACCGUAGUUUCUCACGCUCUGACCAUCUGGCUCUACACCGGCGCCGGCAUGUAAUGAUGUGAGAUCAAGGAGGGAGUAGCAGCACAUUCCCUUGUCGUUCUGGGGGACCCUUUCUGUCUUUGACAUAGUGCCCUCUGCUGGCUCUGGGGCAGACUUCACAGGUGCACACUGUGAAUCUGCCAUAUUUCCUGGAAUUAAGGGUUUAGGUGGGAGGAUGCAGAGGAAAGAGAUUGGAAUGCAACCACAAAAAAAAAAAUUGUUCAAAUUGUGUCCAUCAUUUGUGGAUGUUUUCCAGGCCCAAUUCCCCUUCAUCUUAACCCCUGAAAACACUUGUGUGCGUGAUGCCAACCUGUGGGCUGUUUGGUGGUUGCCAGUUUUGAUUUGUAUUUAUUUUUUUUUUUAAAUUAAGCCAGUAAGGUGUGCGGGUUAAUAACACAUCUUUUCCCACAGAGAAAACAUACAAAAAUCAAAAAGCAGGAGGGACAAAACUGUUUUGCACUGGGCGUACUCAAAUAAAAAUCUGUUACUGAAUAGCAAAGGCUGAGGUUCAUGAGACUAAAGAAUCAGAAAUGGCAGGUUUUUUUGUUUGUUUUCAUUUUUCUUUUUUGUGCUCUAACAUAAUUGCCCACAAUUAAACUGUAUUAAUGUAAAUAAAAUAAUGUAUAUGUGUAAUUGAAGUUCUAGGGUUAUUGUAUUAAUUAAUGAUAGCAGUGACAGCAGCCGUAUUUCUGAUUCUUCCAGUCUCUUGCCCCUCUGUCAGAACUACCCAGUCUUUUUAAAUCAUGAAGCACUGCUUUGAUGGGGUUUCCUUACAAAGUUCAGCUUAGCUGGACUCAACCGAAAUGGCACCUGUGGAUGCCUUUAGAAUAAAAGAAAUAAACGAGCAAAUGAAAGAGUGCGGAAGAGAUAGAGGAUGUUUUUAGACUGUGAAUUUUUCCUGUUUUUUUUUUCUUUUUAAAUAUAUUAGUACAACAAAAGAAAUUCAGUAUUUUUCAAAUCUCUACGAAAAAGAGAAAAAAUGACAUAUAAAUGUUCCAGGCAAAAUGCUUGUGCUAAAAAUAAAAAGUAAUAAAAAAAAACAAAAAAAAAACCCUUUCCCUAUUGAUUUCUCUUAUCUUUGAGUAUAGCGAUGGGCCACAUCUUACAAUGUAAAAUAUAUCAUGUACACUUUUUUGAAUUCAGAAAUUUUGUAUCUGUGUCUGAAAGACGACAGAAGUCAUAAAGAGUAGUUCUUAAUAGCGAUGCUUAAACCCAAAACGGGGGGAUCUUAGUGCCAAUCAAUGAGAAUAAAUGGCCAACCAUCUUCCAAAUCAAUGGCGAAGAUGUGCUAUAGCCCUAAAGCUGGUCUCCAGCGUGGUGGGCCUCUGCGCUCACGUUAACGCUUCUGAGUUGCUGUGAUGCGAUUAUGUUUGACCUUUAGUGAUAUUAGAUCUUAUCGUUUUAAAAUGACUGUGAAAAAGUAACAUUUAAUGCACACGUCAUCCAAUAAGAAUACCUUGAUCUUUGUUGGAGGUUUUUUUUUCUUUCUUAAAUAAAGUUCAUGGCAUUACAUGAAGCAAGUUCACCAUCCGCCACACACUAGAUUUUAAUUUAUAAACUUUGGGAUUUUUGUAAAGGUGGCUCAUCAUGACGCUUGCUUGCUUUCUUUCUUAAUACAUCCUUAAUACAAGUUACGAGUCCCACUCCCCAGCUUCUUUUCUGCUCUACUUGUUGGUUAAAUUCUUGCCUAAUGGGUCAAACUGUGACUCUUUUUUUAUUGCACAGUUUUUAUUUUUUUUUAAGGGUUUAACAAAUAUGUGUUGUAUACAUUUUAAUGCUGCAGAGAAUCAAGAGAAAAGCAGGGGGCGGGCGGGGGUGUUUAAGGAGUAUUAUAAGAAGCUACAAUUUUCUGUUUUCCUCAUCUUUGAAAUUGCUUCUCGAUACCAAUAUUUGUUUAUGAAAAGGGCACUUUGUUGUUGUUGUUGUUGUUUUUUUUUUUAAAUACUCCAUAAUGUUUUAUUUAAACAAACUAAAUAUACUUUUUUUUUUUCCUUUGAGCAUCAGCUGUCUUUGUAUGCUGAUGCCUCCUGUAUAUAAGUGAGUAUAGAAUUCUAUGGAGAAUUACCUGCAUUUUGACUUUGCUGUUUGUAUUAAAUAUAACUUUGUAAAAAAGAAAGCAAAUACAUUACCUAAAAUCAUAAAGACAAAAAGAAACAGUAUAUGCCAUUUCACGUGUGUAGUUAAAAAGAGCCAUGUGGAGGUGUGCCCUGUCCUAAGUGCUCUGUGUGUCUUGACGCUAUGUGACGGUACUGACUGCCCUCGUUUCAGAGAGGGCACCUUUGAGUGUUAUCUUGGAGGGUUUCUGAAUAAGAAAUAAGAUGCUGGCUCAGAUUUAUUUGUUUUUGGUCUCCUAAUUCAUCCCACUCCCUUGCUAACAGUUGAAUAAUUUCUUGGGAAGUAUAAAAGCUGUGCCGUUUUGUAUUGCCAGCCCUGUAACUUGUUGUCCAGAUGUUGUUUCAUCAAUAACUUCCAGUGUGUUCAGCAUUCAGCAGCAAUGAAGGGUGGCAGAAGAGAAAAAUCAACGAGACAAAAUGUCCCAUUCCUCCACUUACGUAAAUGUUCUGCUUUCACAAAGUUUUCUGUUAGUUCAUUUAUUUGCAUACAAUAUGUAAUCUUGUUUUUUUAGCACUGUUAACAAGUGGUGGGCAAAUUUUAGCUAUAUUGUUUAUUUUGUAAGAGUAGAGUUGCACAUUGUUGCCAAUAGACAAGGUAUGUUUCCCUUAACAAGCGGGAGAUUUUGUUCCAUACAUAUUGGACUUACAGCAUUAUUUUGUAACAAUGAAUGCAUCACAAGAUGCAUGUGAAAAAUGUUUACAGGCAAGAAGAAAUUACUGCCACUUAAAUGCAAAUUUGUGGUAGACAUUGACAUCAGUUUUAAAUGAUGAGACUGUUAAGCAUUGAUAUUUGGUUGAAAGUUUCACUUUAUCCAAGCACUGAAUUUUCUAAAUCUUUGAAUCUAAACUCAUGUGAUAACACUAACGCAACAAAAGAAAAUCUGUGAAUUGUCAAAAAAAUGGUAGAACUUUUGCUUUUAUUCCCACCCAAAUAAUACUGUAGGUUUCAAAUAGCAACAGCAAGCAGAAUUUCUUUGAAUGCCAAGCAGAGCAAUUAAAACAUCUUUUAAAUGCCAUUUGUUCCAAAACGGCUCAUUUACAAUUUAAGGAUAUCCUUCAUACACAACCCGUUCAUCUACGGGAAGCCAGCUAAAACUGCUCUUAACAUUUUGCUUCUUCGGUUUGUACACAUUUUUGUUGCUUCUAAGUUAUAAUCUUAAGCUGUUUUCAUUUAAUAAUACUAGUUAUUUAAAAUUGAAUGCAGUAACUUAUCGGCCAGUAAUGUUAAACAUGGUGCAAUGCAGUUCACUCUUUAAUUUUUUUCCUUUCUUUGUACAGAACAAAUCUUUAAAAAUCAGUGAGGAAUAUGAAAGUUUUUGAUACUGUGAGAAAUUGUGAACUUAUAUGUUUUCAUGUAAAAUCAUACAUUUUUCCUCGCCUCUUUUUUUUUUUUUAUUUUAGAAUAAAGUUUUUGGUGGUAA